UUGGUGUAUAAGAACAACAACCUCCACACAUUAAUUACUAUCUUCAUCAACAAACAAAAAAUGAAAGCCAUAAUUUCAAUAGUGUUUCUUCUUCAAGCAAUCAUGAACGCUGUUAAUCUGGUCACAGCUCAAUUCCCUGCAGAGCCUGUCUUCAGAUGCAGAGACACAGGCAACUACACAACAAGUUCUGAUUAUUAUAGAAACUUCAAAAGCGCAUUGAAUGCCGUUGGCAAUAUCAAUAAGUACAGUGGGGGAACUUUCAGUUCAUCCCAAGGCCAGAAAGAAACAGGCUAUGCCAUCGGCCUUUGCUCCGGUGUUUCUAGCAAAUGGGAUGGAAACUGUCAAGACUGUAUAUACCAGUUGACCACUUCACUUGUAGUAAAAUGCCCAAAUCAAAAGGAAGGUGUGAUGUGGGGUUCAAAUUGUAUGAUACGUUACUCAGAUCGUAAAAUAAUUGGAGUUCUUGAUGAUUGGGUUUGGAUAUUUUUACCAGAUAAACAAGGAAGUCUUGUAAAUAAGCCUGAUCAGUUUAACAAUGUGUUGAAUGAUUUGAUGAAGAGAUUACAGGGGGGAAGCAGCCGGAGGUACUGAUAAAAAAGCUGCAUUUGGGUGGAUAGUUUAUAAGCUUGAAAACACACCUGUGUAUGGGACUAUGCAGUGUACUGCUGAUUUAUCCAAGGAACUGUGCACUAAAUGUUUACUAAGUAUAAUUCUGUCACACCAUGCUUGUUGUAGCGGAAGAAAGGCUGCGAGAAUGUUGUCACCCAAUUGUUUUUUUAGUUAUUCAACUGAACCUUAUUCCAUAUGGAAACCAUAGCUCUGGCAGCUCACUACAAGAAAACAAAGCAUUAGCAGUGACACAUGUCGCCGCUAAAGGUUAGGCGGGUCGCCGCUAAUACCUUUAGCGGCGACAUGUCGCUGCAAAUGCGUCGUCAGUAUUGUCUCGUCGCUAAUACGCUUGUUGUUGCCGCUAAUACUCACAGUCGCCGCUAAUACUACCAGUCGUCGCUAAUGCCACACGUUGCCGCUAAUAAGUUGUCGCCGCUAAUACUUUCACGUCGCCACAAAAGAUGUCGCCGUUAAUACUCUUUUGAUUUUUUUAUUUUUUUUCUUAGUUUGUUUAUUUAACAUUAAAUUUAUAAUCAAUCCAAAUAUUAAUCCACUAGGUGUGAAACCCGUGUAUUACACGGAUUGAUUAAAAAAUAUAUAUCGAAGUUUAAAAUAAAUAGACAUAUUCAAUUAAUGAAUAAAUAGAAUCACUAUUCAGAAGAUCAUCCAUAAUAUCAAUGAUUGUUUUGUAAUAUUCAUUAAAUUUAU